AUGGACUCUCUUCUUAAAGGGAUCCCCGGGGUCACGCCCUUCUUCGACGAUGUUUUGAUCGCCGCCGCCACGCCCGCGGACUUCGCCGCCCGCCUCCGCACCGUGCUCGGCCGUUUCCAGGACGCCGGGCUGAAGGUCAAGCUGGACAAGUGCCGCCUGGGGGUUCCGUCGGUGGACUUCUUGGGCUUCACGGUGGACGGGGAGGGCCUCCACCCAACGCGCGAAAAGGUCAAGGCAAUCGUGGAGGCGCCGCCGCCCAAGUCCAAGGCGGAGCUGCAGGCCUUCCUUGGCAUCCUGAACUUUUACCACGCCUUCCUACCCCACAAGGCAGCGGUAGCAGAACCCCUCCACCGCUUGUUGGACAAGCAAGCCCCGUCACCCAGCACCAGACAGCAACAAGGAAAGGCUGCAAACAAAUCUGCAAGAAAUAGUGAGGUUCAUCAGCGCAAAGAGAUAUGUCACUGGCCCUGCAGAUGCCCACAUGUGCCAACCUGCAUCCCUGGAGUGAGCCUGGUGAAGGAUGGCUGUGGAUGCUGCAAGAUGUGUGCCAAGCAGUCAGGAGAGACCUGCAACGAAGCUGAAGUCUGCGACCCACACAAGGGGCUCUAUUGUGACUAUUCUGCAGAUAAGCCUAGGUAUGAAACAGGAGUGUGUGCAUAUAUGAUCGCAGUGGGCUGUGAGCUCAGUGGUGUGCACUAUAUCAAUGGCCAAGCCUUCCAGCCCACUCCCCUAUAUAAGUGUUUGUGUGUCAAUGGUGCAGUUGGAUGUACACCUGUAUUCAUCCCAAAGUCAGCACCCAAUGAAUGUGCUGUGCUGAAGGGUGCAAGGAAAUCUGGACAUUCCAAAUGUGUGCCAGGAGAGCAGAAGGAGCAACAAUCAACAGGUUACAGAUUAAUGCCAGCUUUCAGAAGCAUACCACUUGUUCUGAAGAAGAAAUGUCUGGUACAGGCAACUCCAUGGACACCUUGCUCCCGAACCUGUGGUAUUGGUAUAUCUGAUAGAGUGACCAAUGAAAACAGCAGAUGUGAAAUGAGGAAGGAAAAGAGACUGUGCUAUAUUCAACCAUGCCAAACAAAAUUUCCAAACAUACUAAAGAUUCCUAAAGGAAAAACAUGCCAGCCUACGUUUCAACUUCCUAAAGCAGAGAAAUUAGUUUUUUCUGGAUGCACGAGUAAACAGAGAUACAAACCUACCUUUUGUGGAAUGUGCCUGGACAACAGAUGUUGCAUACCCAGCAGGUCUACGGUGAUUUCUGUGCAGUUUGACUGCUCUAAGGAAGGUUCUUUCAAGUGGAAGAUGAUGUGGAUCACAUCUUGUGUUUGUCAGAAGACAUGCAAGGACUCAAGAGAUGUAUUUUCUGAUCUCAAGCUUUUAUAA